UACGCAAAGCCUAACUAGGCCCAGCCUAUUCCCGCCCCUACAUGUAGCUUCCUACAUGAUACACAAUGUGAGAGUUCCCUAAAUGAUUCUUUGAAGAAACUGACUAUAUCUCAGGUCAGAAGGUCACAUAGCGAUCCAGGUUUGUUACAUGUAACUGCAAAAGCAAAGAACUGCUUCCUUAUGAGGCCAUCCACAAUAAAAGAAAUACUAAACCCAUAAAGCUGGUCCUGCGGCUGAGAAUUUCAUGAAAGCAAUAAAUAACUAAACAGCACACAACUCCCUCCUCCUUCAAUAUCCUUAUAAAUUACAAAUCUUGUUGCCAUUGGCCAUUCCUUUAGCAAUCAAUCCCUCUGUUUCCCUCUAGGAUAGCAGCCUACAGUAUCAAAUAUAAUCCUUGAAAAUGCCAACUAAGGCAUCCUGGAAGCUCCUUUGUUCCCUUAUUCUGUUUAGUUUCUUCUCUUGCUCUUUUUCUUCCACAUUCACCAUAUUCAACAACUGCCCCUAUACUAUAUGGCCCGGUACCCUCGCCGGAUCUGUAAGCCCUCGACUUUCAACGACCGGAUUCCGGUUGGACUCCGGCCAAAGCGUCAAACUCACCACUGUUCCGGGGUGGUCAGGACGGAUAUGGGCAAGGACUGGCUGCAAAUUUGAUGCAACAGGAGUUGGCAAAUGCCAAACAGGUGACUGUGGAGGAAGGCUGGAGUGUGAAGGAAGUGGUGCUGCUCCUCCUACCUCACUGUUUGAGAUAACACUCGGUGCAGGCGGUGGACAAGACUUCUAUGAUGUAAGCAUGGUAGAUGGCUACAAUUUGCCAUUAGUUGCUCUACCACGAGGUGCAUAUAGUGGUGCCUGUAAUGCAACAGGUUGUAUGACAGAUAUCAACAGAGGUUGCCCUAAAGAACUUCAAGUAGUGGGAGGCGAUGGAAACCAGAGUGUAAUCGGGUGUAGGAGUGCUUGUGAGGCAUUGAAGUUGGAUAAGUACUGCUGCAGUGGAGAAUUUGCAAACCCACAGACAUGCCAGCCUUCUUAUUACUCCACCAUUUUCAAGAGGGCUUGUCCAAGUGCUUAUAGCUAUGCAUUUGAUGAUGGCACCAGCACUUUCACUUGCAAAGCUAAUGAAUAUGACAUUGUUUUCUGUCCCAACACAAAUGGGACACAAAAACCAAGCCCUGCAUCUCCUCCUCCACCAAUUAGACAGCCCCAUCAGACACGUCAGCAUGUACCUUCCUCAUCAAAUAUUCUCUUACCUUUUCGAGUACCAAUCUUUCUCUUGGUUUCAGUUCUUACUUUAUUGGUAAGACAAGGCCAAUGAAAUACAAUAAUAAUAGUGUCUGAAGAAUAUUCCAAAAGUGCUUUUGAGGAGGAGGGGAAGGAAAAAACAAAAGCAACCGAUGAGAUGGACAUUAUGAACAGCGAGAAGAUUACACUUGAAGAACCUUCUUGAAACAUAAUUCAGAAAAUACUCUUCCAAAACCUCCAGUAACGAGGUGAUUAAGAGUAUCGGCUAAACAUCACUCAGACCGGUCAUCAUUUAAGACCCCUUUAGCCUCUAGAGAGAACUUGUAAUUCUAGAAAAAUAUUGGUUUGGA